GGCAGAAGAAGGACCUAUUUUUCUGUGUGGUUUCGUGUGUAACAUCAAGCUCUUAACCACCCUGCCUAACCACCAACUGCACUGCAGAUCCUUUCUGUGAUCUAUCAGCAUGGAUGCCUACACUGAUUAUACACAAUAUGACUACUUUUACAAUGAGAACUUUACAGACAAUGGAUCAUAUCCUUACAGUGUCACCUUGGACUGUCCAGGCUCUCCCCUCCAUGGCGCCAACAUCUUUCUGCCUGUACUCUAUUACCUCAUAUUUUUCACAGGCUUUUUUGGCAACCUCUUUGUGAUCUCCGUCAUGGGCAGAAAAAGUCAGAGAGGAGGGCGUCUGGUGGACACGUUUGUUGUCAACCUGGCCCUGGCUGAUCUGGUCUUCGUCCUCACGCUGCCCCUAUGGGCUGUCUCUGCCAGUCAGAAUGGUUACUGGAAUUUUGGAGCGAGUGGGAACCUGCUGUGCAAACUGAGCAGCUAUAUCAUCGCCGUGAACCGCUUCUCUAACAUCCUCUUUCUCACCUGCAUGAGUUUUGACCGCUACCUGGCUGUGGUGAAACUGAUGGAUUCCAGGUACCUGAGGAGCAGCAGUUGCAUUCAGGCAACCUGUGCUACAGUCUGGGUGAGCUCACUGGUGCUUGGCAUCCCAUCGUGGGUCUACAGAAGCGUGCAGCACUUCAGUGAUGGUCCUUCAUGUGUGGAAGACAACAGCUCAUACUUUUUCCUGAGCAUGAGUCUUAUGAUGGCUUUACUCACCUUUGUAUUUCCCGUGUUGAUCAUUCUGAUCUGCUACAGCACCAUCAUCAUGCACCUCAACAAGCACUUUGCUGCUGCCAAUCCUCGAGCCGAAGCCCGCCGCAGACACUCCCUAAAGAUGGUCCUCUCCAUCAUCGUGGCCUUUAUGGUGUCUUGGCUCCCUUUCAACCUCUUUAAAGUCAUUAUCAUUAUCUCACAGCUUUCAAAUGCUGAACUCAGUUGUGAGUCACAGACGUGGCAAAGAAACGGACUCCUGGUCUCGUGCUGCAUGGCCUUCCUCAACAGCUGCAUCAAUCCAGCCAUCUAUUUUUUCCUGGACCAUCACUUCAGAAGACGGGCUGAGAUCCUGUUCAAGACCUGCAGAGGAAAGCCUCUGCAGAGCUUCAACUCCUCCGCUUCAUUUGCCAAUGCUGGCACUACUGAGAGCUUUGGAACAACUGGAGGGAGAUCUCAGAUUCAGAUAUCUGAGUGAGACUCAAAUCUUAUAUUUAAAUAUGAAGUGGGUGAAGUUAUUGUUCUGUUAUUGUUUCCAACCUGGGGUUAACAUCUCAAAGGGGGUUCAAGGCUUUGUCUGCUUGAAGAUGUCAUAAUAAGAUUUGUUUCCAUCAAGUAAAAUCAUGAUAAACCACUUACUUGAUAGUUCUAUCAAUAGUCUUUUGGUGAGAACAAGUGUAUAGGCGUAUUCUGUUGGGAUUCUACCAAUUAAAACAAUUAAAACUGACAAAAAGACUGGGAACCACUGCUUUAAAAUCUAUGUGACAACAUUUCCUGUUCACCUUAAAAGACUUCCUACACAAUUCUCUAUAUGUUUAAAAUUGAAGAUUAGAUCCUUGUAAUGACAAUGUAACUGAGAAUGAUCUAAUGUUUUGUUUAUAAAAAAUCCUUCACAGUUGUCCAGGAUAAAUCAAGUGACAGAGAAUAAUUUUACUGGUGUAAAUACCAUUUUACAAAAUAAUCGAUACACCUGAAAAGUUGCAUUUUUUUCCUUUUCAAAAUAUUCUAUUAUGUUGUUUAUAGAAAAUGUUUGUUACAUUAAUUAUAUUUCAGAGAAUGUGUGUAUUGCUUUGAUAAAAUUGUAUUUUUUAUUUUUGAAUUGUACAAAUGUUAAAUAGCAGCAAUAUUGGACUUGUUUUACUGUGACUUCUCAACACUGACAUUCCUGGGCUUAAAAAACAUGUUAAUUUCUUACUGUCAGGUGUUGUUUUUGAAAUGUCAAAUAUUACAGUAGAGGGUCUUGCAAAAAUGCAUUAAGUUUUCUAAUGUAUAGCUGCUCAGUGUUGAUCUGUAAGUAUUGUGUUUAAUAUGUAAAUGUGAGUUUUAGAGCAAUGGUUUACAGAAUAAGCAAUAACAUGUGUUUGUGUGAUAGUGUAACAAUAUAUAUUUUUUAAUUUGCAUUGGCUAUCCAAAGUUAAUUGGUUUACUUAAAAAAUGUGAUAAUACAGAAUUAUACAGUUACAUGGCAUCUGAGUAUUUCUUAAGGAGUUAACUGGAUACGUCUGCUCUCUUAUGGCACACAUACAGUACAUAUAAUAAGUGGACAGGAUACGGCUCUUUACCAUUUAUACAGUCAAACGUUUAGUUGCUGUUGUUUUUUAAUCUGCACCAAACCAGGUUUGCCAGUUGAUGUUUUUACACACAACGCCCGUGUGACUUCUGUCUGACCCACACCUUUACCAUCUUCUGUCAAGUCAAAGUCAUUCUCACGUGUUAUGUGAAAGUUCAAAUGUUCAUGUGUGCCCACUUGUUUUUCAGUUCUCUCUGUGUUAGGAAUUGGGUGUAUUCAAAGUUGAAAAGUAGGUCAGAGUGCCAGUGUCAGGGGGUAAGGAGUUUCCAAACAGUCAUUUCAGAGACACACUGCACAAUAGUCACCAGCCCACAUUUUUUACAAACAGUGAGUUGUUUUUUGGUAUCACGUGUAAAAUAAACAGGGGUAAGUGAACAGCAUUUCCACGUCUGUAAGCAUCUUGCAUGAGCAGUAAACAGAGAUAAGAUGUUCUUCUUAUUUUGACUUUAUUCCAACUCAUAUAAGUCAACAUUACAGGAAAAAAAGAAGGUGAAAUCAAUAUAUUCCAGAUAUGCAUGAAUGAGUUUCCUUUUUUACCUUAAGGUUUACAAAUUAGAUCACUUUAGAAAAUUACAUUUUUAUUUGUUUAGCUUCUUUUCAUAUUCAUGCAAAGUUUGCCAUAUUCUUACUUUUUUUGUGUUGUAGGUCAAGUUUACGCUGUCAUGUAGUCCCAUGUGAGAAACCUUCAGUUCACAUGCUUCUUCAUAGUAAAACAUACUGAUGUUAGGGGAAGUGUGAUGCCUGCUGCAGGUUGAGCUUCAGUAAAUUGCUCAAAGACACUGAGUCAUGGUCAAGCCUGGGUUCAAACCACAGAAGCUGCCAUUACAGCAACGGACAACAGCUUCUCAUUUUAGAGAAUAGAUCAAAUGAAAUAGUGUUUCCACAGAAAUAUGUACAGUAUGACAUUGACAUUAGUGUUUGAUUGCAAAAUGCUCAGCUUAUAGUUCAGAAGUUAACUCUUCAGUGUCCUCUGUCACUUAUGUUCUUCAGUGUUGAUGUGACGGUAAUGUAUAGGACAAUAGGUGUUUGCAAAUGUUGACAGUGCAUGUUUUUCUAAGAAGAAAUUCAAGUCUUUAUGUUAAACUGUAUCAGCCUUGUAUUGUAUUUAUCCUCUUGAUGGAUUAAUAAAAGUGCUGUUGAUCUAG